AUGGGUCGUGGGCAUGGAAAGCCAAAAAGAAAGGCGUCGACACUGAUGGCUCAAUCUGUGAGUAAGGAGGGAGAAGGGAGCUCAAGAAUAACUGGUAAAGGUAAAGUUGGUGAAGUUGUAGUGGAGGAUUGGGAUGAGGAAACUGUAGAGGAAGAAUCAGAGAAAGAGGAAGAAGCGGUUUCCAUCCCAAACGAGGAAAGGAAACUAUGGUUUGAUGAAACUGAUCAAAGGAUUAUGUUCAACAAGAGUGUUAAGUUUCCUAAUAUCCCGACCAAGUAUGAGGGAUUUCUGAAUUCAGCAGCAGUUGACUGGACUAAGGAGUUAAGUGGGAGACCUAUGUUAAAAGUUUGGAAAAAGCUUUAA